UGUGGUGGCGUCGUAACGCCUCGGGGAAAGGGAAGCGGACGGCACCGCGAAUUGCUGCCUCUGGCUUUUUAUUUUUCUGCUGACAGGAUUUGGUCACUGGUUCUUCAUCUUUUGUCUGUUGCACGCAUCCAGCCCUCCCCAUUUGCUUUCCCACUCCUUGGAUCCAGCCCUCUGGGCUUUCACGCCAGUUCUCUCACCCCGCCGUGAGCCCCUCCUGGUCCCCGGGCGGGCCUGGCACGGAGGCGGUAACUAUGGAGAAUAUGGCGGAGGAGGAGCUGCUACCCCAGGAGAAGGAGGAGGUGGAGGUGGCCCAGGUCCAGGUCCCGACCCCAGCUCCGGCCCCGGAUUCGGCCCCGGCCCCGGACUCGGCUCCGACUCCGGCCUCGGCUCCAGCCCCAGCCCCUGCCCUGGCCCAGGCUCCGGCCCUGUCCCCGUCCCUAGCCUCUGCCCCUGACGAGGCUGAAAGCAAGAGACACAUCUCAAUUCAAAGGCAGCUUGCUGAUCUAGAGAAGUUAGCUUUCGUAACUGAAGGGGAUUUUGACUCUGCCAGUUCGUUGAACUCAGAUAAUCUUGAUGCAGGAAACAAACAGUCUUGUCCAUUGUGCCCUAAGGAAAAAUUCAGAGCUUGUAAUAGCCAUAAGCUUCGUCGUCACCUUCAAAAUUUACACUGGAAAGUCUCGGUUGAAUUUGAAGGUUACAGGAUGUGCAUCUGUCACUUACCUUGUCGACCAGUGAAACCAAACAUUAUUGGAGAACAGAUAUCCAGUAAAAUGGGCGCCCAUUAUCAUUGUAUUAUUUGUUCAGCAACAAUCACCAGAAGGACUGAUAUGCUGGGACAUGUUAGGCGACAUGUGAAUAAAGGAGAGACGAAAUCCAAGUAUAUUGCUGCUUCUGCUGCUAAACCACCUAAUGAAAUUUUGAAAGAGGCAGACACAGAUGUACAAGUUUGUCCUAACUAUUCUAUACCUCAAAAAACAGAUUCCUAUUUUAAUCCCAAAAUGAAACUAAAUCGACAGCUAAUAUUUUGUACAUUGGCUGCUUUGGCCAAGGAACGAAAACCUUUGGAAUGUCUAGAUGCCUUUGGAGCCACUGGGAUAAUGGGAUUACAAUGGGCAAAACAUCUCGGAAAUGCAGUUAAGGUUACAAUUAAUGACUUGAAUGAGAACUCUGUGACACUGAUUCAGGAAAAUUGCCAUUUAAACAAGUUGAAAGUGGUGGUAGACAGUAAGGAAAAGGAAGAGAGUGAUGAUAUUCUUGAAGAAGGAGAAGAAAAUCUUGGUAACAUUAAGGUGACCAAAAUGGAUGCCAAUGUCCUAAUGCAUUUGAGAUCCUUUGAUUUCAUACACCUAGACCCUUUUGGAACAUCGGUAAACUAUCUAGAUUCUGCAUUCAGAAAUAUAAGAAACCUUGGCAUAGUGUCUGUGACUUCUACAGAUAUCAGUUCUUUAUAUGCCAAGGCACAACAUGUUGCCCGGCGUCACUAUGGCUGUAAUAUUGUCCGAACUGAGUAUUACAAGGAACUAGCAGCCAGAAUUGUUGUAGCUGCAGUGGCAAGAGCUGCAGCCCGUUGUAACAAAGGCAUUGAAGUACUGUUUGCAGUGGCUUUGGAACAUUUUGUGUUGGUUGUUGUGCGAGUUUUGAGGGGGCCUACUUCUGCAGAUGAAACAGCCAAGAAGAUUCAGUACCUGAUCCAUUGUCAGUGGUGUGAAGAGAGAAUUUUUCAGAAGGAUGGUAAUAUGGUAGAAGAAAACCCAUAUAGACAGCUGCCCUGUAACUGUCAUGGAAGCAUGCCUGGAAAGACAGCAAUAGAACUUGGACCUCUAUGGUCAAGUUCCCUUUUCAAUACUGGAUUCCUCAAAAGAAUGCUAUUUGAAUCUCUUCAUCAUGGUUUAGAUGACAUUCAGACCCUAAUAAAGACAUUAAUCUUUGAAUCAGAGUGUACUCCUCAAAGUCAGUUUUCAGUUCCUACGCCUUCAAAUCUCAAGCAAGAAGAAUGUGGUGUGUUUAUUAAAACUACAGAUGAUACCACACCAGAUAACUACAUUGCACAAGGAAAAAGAAAAGGUAAUGAAACAGUCACAACUUUAGCCAAAAGGCAAAAGACUGAUGUCAGUACUGAACAUCCUCCCUUUUAUUACAACAUCCACAGACACAGCAUUAAAGGAAUGAAUAUGCCAAAAACCUUUUUUUUUUCCUUUCCUUCCUGCAGGUUGAAAAAGUUUUUGUGCUAUCUUUCUCAAGCAGGCUUUCGAGUGAGCCGAACUCAUUUUGACCCAAUGGGUGUUCGUACAGAUGCACCUCUGAUGCAAUUUAAAUCGAUCCUUUUAAAGUACAGCACCCCUACAUACACGGGAGGACAGUCGGAGGGCCACGUCCAGCCAGCAUCCGAGGAUACAGUGGCUGACAGGGUUGAAAUGUCAAUGAACGACAAAGCAGAAGCCAGCAGUUGCAGAAGAUGGUAAAUGUAGUCAAGAGUUACUCCAGAUGUCUGUCUAGAUGGCCUGGUAGUUCUCUAUACCAACUGUAAUUCUUUUUCUAUUCUUUUAAUUCAGUGGUGUAAAAAUAAAAACCAGUGCUGUUUUCAUUCAGAAAAUUAGCAGUUUCUAACUUAGCUAGUUUGGGAGCUGUGCUUUCCAGUUUUUUCUUAUUGUAAAGAAAACUUAAAAUUUUAAUGAAAACAUUUCAUAUGAAGCCAGGUUUAUGACUGAGAUCACCCUACCAUUUAGUAACUCAGAAAACUUUCACUUGCAAAGUGUUUGGAAUUUUAUAUAUGUUAUGGAACCAUCCUUUACUGUUCUUAAUCACAUGUCUACUUAAACUGAUUCAUGUCUUUCUGUUUAAGCACACAAAAUGAAGCCAAAAGCCUUUUACGUAUUACCCUAAAUAGAACAAUGCCCUUUCAUGUCACUAACAUUAUUUCACAAUUACAGAGCUAAAAUGUGUUCCCAAUUUUCAGAAAUCAUACUUCUUUCCACAUUGAUCUUUUAAUUUAUUACUAGCUUUUGAGAAUUUAAACACUUGUCUGAGAUAGAAAUGUUUUUCUUUUAAGUUUAAGGUCAGGUGACUGAAGUCAGAGUAAGAGUUUGUCAAAGUAAAUUGAGACCAUUGUUCUAAUAGUUGUUCAUAAGCACCGAAAUUCUGGAGAGUUUUUGCUGUAAAUUAAAUUGGGUGAUCUCAAGUGCCUCAGUUAAUGCACGUACAAUAUUCCUUUGCUUGUUUGUGCUACCUCUCAGAAGUAAAACUUGCCACCUUAUGAACUUACAAAGUAAGGAUUUUUUGGGGGGGUGGUGGGAGACAGAUUUGCUUUGUUUUUGGGUGUGUGUAUGUGCUCAUUUUUUUGUAUAAGUAGCCCAGGCUAACAUGACUAUGAAAAUUAGUAGAAACUCCAUUAAUAAAUUUUGUUCUUGCUUCAUUUGAAUGUAAAAGUUUGGAUAACAGGAUUUGGUAUAAAAUUUAGAUUUUUGUCUCAAGGACUUAAUCCAUAUUUACCCUGAAUUAUUUUUUAGAGGAAGUAACUUUUUAUCUGAGCAUAAAGCUUGGGGGAUGGAGAAGAGUUAUAACUGAAAAGGUUUUAAAUACACUAUGGAAGAAAAAAAGCACACCCAUGACAUAUUUAAAGAUCCAGGGAGUGAGAUCAACAUAGUAGAUGAGCAGAAAUAAAAAAAAAUUCUUUGUGUUAUUAUAGCAUAGUCCUAGGAGGAUGUGUUUUCUCCCAUUAGUAGAAUCAUAUUUAAAUAAACGAACAGAUGAACUGCAAGUGAUAUACUAGAAUGACCCCCCAAAAAACCCUGUAACUUUUGCCAGUUAAAAUUAUUACAAAUGAGCACAAAAAGAAAUAAAAGUUAUUACUUUUUUGUUUAUAUACUUAAAAAUUACUAUAAAUCCACAAGGCAAACCAGCGCUUGGACCAUCUGUACAUAUUGUUAAAUUGAGUAUCCGUCUCAAAUCUUGCCAAAUGCUUAUCAGCAUGACAUAUUUUGAUCAGUGAUAACGUUGGGCUUUAUGCCAGGAGCCUAAUUUGAUAGAGAAAUAAUAUAUAAAUUACUGUUAUUUAAAAUAUAUGUUGUGUUUUAAUUUCACAUACACAGAUUUUCCAAAGAAAGGUGUGGUGAGAAGUAGUCAGGAACUCUGUUAAGGUAAUGUUAUCAACCUAAAGAGGAAAUACUUUUAAAAUUCCAAAUAAUGCUACAUUAGCGCCUUGUCCCCAUUAACUACUGUGGUAGUUUGGGGCAUGCAGAUGUUGAGUGCAUUGUAAAAUAGUAUCAGUUGUACUGCUCCAUUAAAUUUUGAUUAAUACAA